AUGCCAUCAACCACGCCCUCCCCCACCACAAGAAAAGAAGCCCUCCUCCUCCGCCGCUACGAGAUCGGCCAUGUCCUCGGCCAUGGCAGUUUCGGCAAAGUCUACGUCGCUCGCAACGUCAAAACCAACGAACAAGUCGCCAUUAAAGUCAUCGACAAAGAGAAAAUUUUGAAAGGCGGUUUAAUCGCUCACAUCAAACGCGAAAUCUCCAUCCUCCGCCGUGUCCGACACCCCAACAUCGUCCAACUCUUCGAGGUAAUGGCUACAAAAACCAAAAUUUUCUUCGUCAUGGAAUACGUAAAGGGAGGUGAAUUGUUUGGUAAAGUCGCUAAAGGUAGAUUAAAAGAAGAAAUGGCUCGAAAGUAUUUUCAACAACUGAUUUCCGCAGUAGGGUUUUGUCAUUCACGAGGUGUUUUUCAUAGAGAUUUAAAACCUGAAAAUAUAUUAUUAGACGACAAUGGUGACCUAAAGGUCUCCGAUUUCGGGCUUAGUGCAAUCUCCGAACAAAUUUGCGGUGAUGGUUUGUUCUACACAUUUUGUGGAACUCCGGCGUACGUCGCGCCGGAGGUUUUGGGCCGAAAAGGUUACGAAGCAGCAAAAGUCGAUAUCUGGUCUUGUGGGGUCAUCUUAUUUGUGUUAAUGGCAGGUUAUUUACCAUUUCGUGAUCAAAACAUAAUGGUUAUGUAUAAAAAGAUUUACAGAGGGGAAUUCCGGCGACCAAGGUGGUUCUCACCGGAGCUAACACGUUUAUUAAAACGAUUACUUGAUACAAACCCAGAAACCAGAAUCACCAUAUCGGAAAUCAUGGAAGAUAAGUGGUUCAAAAAAGGGUUUAAACACACAAAAUUUUACUUCGAAGAUGACAAGAUCUUUAGCUUAAAAGAUGAAGAAAUUGACGAUGAUUGCAUAGCGUAUGCUUCUGAUCAAUCUGCUACUGAAUCUGAAAGUGAAUCAGAUGGUAUAAGACGAUCUAGACCCACGAGUUUAAAUGCAUUUGAUUUGAUUUCAUUUUCACCUGGAUUUAGUCUUUCUGGGCUAUUUGAAGAUGGAAGUGAAGAAUCAAGAUUUGUCACUGGAGCUCCGGUUUUUAAAAUUGUUUCAAAGUUGGAGGAGAUAGCAAAAGUGGUUAGUUUUUCAGUGAGAAAAAAGGAUUGUAGGAUUAGUUUAGAAGGGUCAAGGGAGGGUGUUAAAGGCCCAUUAACAAUUACAGUUGAGAUAUUUGAAUUAACCCCAAGUUUAAGAGUUGUAGAAGUUAAAAAGAAAGCAGGGGAUAAAGGCGAAUAUGAAGAGUUUUGUGAGCAGGAAUUAAGGCCCGGAUUGCGACCUUUGAUGCUGCCCGGGACUUGUGGACCUAAACGGACGGUUUCGGCUCCCGAAUGA